CGGUCGUUGGCGGGCGCACGGGGCCGCUUAGCCGAGGGCAGCGCGGCCUCGGUGGCAGAGCCGCUCCCUCGGUGGGGAGGAAUCGCGAUCCUGCCAGGCAGAAGGCCAUUGCUGAAAGGGGACUUCAGGGAGUGAGUGCAGGAUGACUCAGCAGGGAGCUGUUCUUCAGGGUUACAAUAAUGAACUAGUGAAAUGUAUUGAAGAUUUAUGUAUGCAAAAAGAAGAAUUGAACAAGCAAAUCCAGCAAGCAGAAGAGGAAAAGAAUAAACUCCAGCAUGAAAUCCAAGUCCUCAGUGAACAGCUGGAGUGUGUAUGUGAAAACCUGGCCCAAAAAGUGGCUUCACGGAAUGAGCUUGAUAAAAUACUUGCUGAAACUGAAGCUGCUUACAUGAAGAUUUUGGAUAGCUCUAGAACUUUACUUAAUGUCCUGAAGAAGGAAGUGGGAAGCUUAAAGCAUUCACCUGAUCUGAAAACCAAUGUAACGUGAAACAGUCAAAUGUUUGGACUCUGCCGUGCUAAAAUUCCACUAGGUGAGAAACGUGGUCAGCCAUGGAACCUUACAGUUACAGUAUAAGUAGAGAGAGGUUUUCUUCCAGUCUUUCUGUAUGUUUUAUUGUUUUCAAAUGCACUAGAAAAUAGAUUAAAUAAAGUUGCCGUUUUGCUUUAAGAAAUCUACUUAAUUGAACACUACAAAAACUAGCAGAUAGGUAGCUGAGGCAGAUGGGAAACUGUCAGUUUUGACAUCGUUACGCUUCAAGGCUUAGAAGAAAGGCAUGUUUUAUUGGUUGACUUGGGAUGGCUCCCAGUAAAUUAUUCUUUGAAAACUAGUAGAUACAAGUCAAUCAGAUACUACUUCUUUUCACUUUACUAAUGCUUAGGCUUUACUGUUGGGAUCAAGUCGAAAUGAGUUACUUAGCUUCCUCUAGGAGCUUGGAGUUCUGAUGCCUGCACAAAACAGCCCCAUUUACAAUAAUUGCCUACUUGUAAUGGAGGGAUAAGGUGAGAAAUCAGGAGUAAUGCAGGGCAUGGAGGCUUAAAAUUUAACACUGUAUGUGGUUCAUGCAUCUUCUGAAGCUAUUCCUCAAAGCCAUGUUUAGAAAGGAGAUGUGCUGCAGUGAAAGGGUUUGGUGCAAGUGCAAAGACAGCUGCACCAUGAAGGCUUGGACCACUAAUUCACUUGGGGGUAAGAAAAACAUGUCAGUAGCAACUGGAAGUCCUGAAAAACCACUGGGGUCCAGUUAAAAAUACAGAGGUAAAUACAAGACCAAAGAAGGUAAUCCUGGCUAAAAGCCAGUAAUAGAAUUUCUGGAAGCUUUUUUAGUGCCUUUUAGCUCUAUACUGAUCUGUUAAAUAACUGUAAUAAAAUUGUGGAGAAUAAUGAACAUCCUGAAAUUAUGCAAAAGAAAUACAAAUGAAAGGUGAAAGAAGAAAAUGAGAAGUGGUUUGCAGCUAUCAGUCAUUCUUACAGAGGACGUUAAAAUAGAACUUAGUUUAGAGAUCAGGGAUGACAUAACAGCAUGGCAUUAAUUUCAGUUUAAUGCUGUUUUUUGUUUCUGCUGAACCUCUCUAUUCUGCAGAAAUCUCUCUCAGCAGUGUGUGCAUGUACCCAUGCAUUUUGUCCCACUUAUUUGCAUUUUACAACAGUAACUUUUUAAGCUGAAUCUUCAUUCAAGACCAAUUAAUUAAUUUAUAUAAUACCAAUUAAUCAAUACCAAUUUAAUUAAAUUGAAAGAAGUGCAGUUGAAAUCUCCUGACUUGAUAGUGGUGUGUCUGUCAGGUGCACAUAUAGAGGGAAUGGAGAUGUGAAUAGUUUUGGUAAUAGCUCUUCAUCAAUAAUAGGGAGCAAAUUUUCUGUUCUUCUGGUUGCCAAGCUACAUCAGGGAUGAGUGUGACUGGGCUAAUCAUAGUUUACUUGUUUGGCACUUCCAGGGGCUUCCCUCUGGGGAAUUCCCAGUGGGUAAUGCAGACGUGAUAAAAGUACAUUAUCUCAGGAGUACUGCAGCACUCAGGACCACCUUGUUUAUGUUGAAGAGAAACACAAAAAUUUUGCUAUUUUUAGUAGCAAAAAAGUGAUUUAUUUGACUGGACAUUUUAUGACAUUCUCUCUGCCCUUAGACUUGUAAUAGUAACUGAUUUACUGGAAAUAGGAAUAUUUGGGAAAAGUACUAACUAAAGAGCAAGAACUUUGAGUUGCAAAUGUAAGCUGCUGCUUCUUAUUAGCUGCACUGGAACUCGACAUUUUGAAAAACAAUUUGUAUCAUAGAAAGGUCAUUUAUAGAGAACAGUACAGUUAAUUUCUAGUAUUGGUCUCAGACAAUAAUUGCAGGUUUGUUUGCCUUAGAGUAAUCAUAAAUAAUGCCUCUUGUUCUGCUGAAGCUGAUAAAACUAAAGAAACUUUAAGAGAAGCCUUAUAAGAUUUUAAAGAAAUCUACUUCACAGCCAUUAUUAUGUCUAAUUGUAUUACAGUGUCAAAAUGAAAUAACUGGAGAUGCUUGAUUUUUUUUUUUUUUACUAAAAAACUAAGGGAAAAAAUGUAAAUGUUGGCUAGUACUUAUACACAGAUGGGGGCCUCCCAACAUUCAAAUAAAAAGAUGAAAUGUUGCUAGAAUUCCAUUCAGUGAUCCCAGUCUAAAAUUUCCAUUUAAAUUCACAUUUAAAAGUGGAGAGAAAUAAUAGAUCUCUAGGGUUUGCCUAUUUUUAGAAUAAAUCCCUAGCAUGGCAGUCAUCAUGCAGAAAUAGUGUUUAGCAUUAUAUUCUGUAUUUACCCAAAUGAACCCUUUUAUUGAAGUGGUAACCUUUUUCACUGCUUUUUCAGACACUAUAAAUCUUGACAUGAAUAGCUUUUGUUAAAAAACUUCACUUUGUUCAGAAGAUAUGCAGACUAAGUUGGUCCAAAGUAUUGCUGGGAGAGAAGUGAUGAUUUGCAGAUGGCAGCAGCUCUGCAGGGAUAGCCUGAAACAGAAAGCUUACCUGGAAUAAGGCAGGUCAUAAGUUUAAAGUAUCAUACUUAUUCCUAACUUAAUUUUUAUAUUGAAUUUUUAUGACUCUCUGAGUUUGACCUGGUGCUUUACUGGAGUACUUACAGUCUAGGAGCCUUACUGACAGAAGUUGGGUUCCUAAUCUAAACUGCUGUGUUGGGUGUUCUGUAUCUUAUUAGUGUGUGAGGAGACACAGUUUUUGAAACUCCUACCUGUGCCUGGUUCAGAGGUUUAGUGAAACACAUCUAGAUCAGUUGUUUAAAGUCCUGAAUUUAUGUAAAGGCAACUUUACCUCGCUUCUAAAGAGCAGAACAUAACUGGAAGAGAUCUGAUGAUUCCCUGCUUUUAUAGCAAUGCUUCUUGAACAUGUGCCCAGCACUUAACACACUAGUGAUCAACAGUUUUUCCAAAACAUUUGACUGUUGACUCCUUGCAAGUAAACUGAAGAGAUUUUGGCAGUUACCAGAGAAACUGCUUGUGGGUGGUAUGUUGAAGUAGAAGUAAUUUUCUGUGUGGAAGUGAUUAUAGGAACCACUGGGUGAAGUGCUUAUGCCAGCAGCUAUUCACACCCCAUUACUGUCUCUUUCCAGAGGUGCUUACCCUGCAGUUCAGGUGCCUCCCACAUGCAGUUUCUCUUAAUCCCCUUACAGAAAUGGGGGUGAGUGGACUGGGGAUUCACCCUAAUUUUAAGGGUAGGGAAUAAAGAGAAUGUGUGGGUAUAAAGUCCUGGUUCGGGAAGACUGGAGCAUUAGGGGGAAGGAUAGAGAGGUGGAAUUUCUCCUAAUUUCUGUCUGCUCUAAGUGUACUUGUACUGAUCUACUGCCUACAGUUCUUGCUACCCAAUAAAUCAAAUUCUAGAAAUCGUCUGAGCUUCAUCUGAACUCUGGACAUUCUUCCCCUUCCUUUAAGCCCGCAGAUGGUCAGCAAAAGAGGCAGUCUGUGUUUUGUGUUCUCUUUCUGUCUUUUAUUUCUUUCUAUUCCAGCAGGAGGCUGUGGAAUCUGACUCUCCUCUUUGCUGGGUAAGUGUGCUGCCAGGCUCACACAGGAUGUUGUUUCCUGUCCUGGUUGCUGCCCUUUAAACAGUCAUCAGGGAAUUGCUCAAGUUUUAUAAAGAACCUCCAGUUCUGUGUGUACUUGAUGUAGUUUGUAUGUCAGAUUGACUUUGGAGAGUUUAGGCAGAGCAUUGGCAGGUUUUUGGCUUUUGGUGAAUGCAAGAGAUUUGUUUCCUUGGACUAGGAAUUCUUCAGACCAGGAAGACUAGGCAUCUUCAAAUACCCAAAGAAUUGUACAUUCAAACAAUGAAGCAAGCUGUAGUCUAAACCCAGGUGACUGGACCUUGGAUUGCUGUUUCAGAAUUGAGAAUCAUUUCCAUCUAGGUCUUGGGGUACAAGUGUGUUCCACUCCAAAUCAAGUGGAUUAAGCUAAACUGGUAAUUCUGUAACAACAUUCAGAAGAUGGUUAGCCAAAGGAUUAAAUGUCUACAGUUAAUUCAUCAUACAGAUGAGUCUUGUGCAGAAGACCAAUAUCUAUUACUCCUUAGAUGAUUUUGCUGGUUAGGAGAGAUUUGAGUGAUAAGGUGUAGCUUGUGGCAAUUGCCUUAACUUUGAGCUUGAGGUUUUAUGCAAGAAGUAGACAAGACAGUUAUUUUUUAAUGAUUUAUUUUCUUUUCUAAUUUCUUCCUUUUCAGGUGUAAAUAUUUUUUCUUUUUUUGGGUGAAGGACAGACUAUCCUUUGAUUUAAUUUGUGCACCAAUUGCUUUGUCAAUGUCUGUUUUUUUACUGGGGUGGAGUCAGGCACCAUGGCCACUUCUUGGGUGUCUGUUCUGUGCUUUUUUUAAACUUGGGAUGGGUUUUUUGUUCUUUGCCCCUUAACUACAUAUAUAUCUGUGAGGGAUUUUAUUAGAUGCCCCAGAGUAGUCCUUGAUGGUUUGUCUACCUCAGUUGGUUUCAGAUGAAGUUUGGUUCACUGUCAGCUGUAAAACCCAGCUACUUGCAUGUUAGGUGUUGAUGAAACAUGGAGAGGUUCAAGCUUGCAGAACAGGGAGCUAUAUGGUCAUUCAUAGCUCUAGCCUGUGGGAUUUGUGUGAAAAGUAGUGCAGUGUUGUAGUGUGUAUUGACAAAAAUAAGGUGUUAGUAGAAUUGAGGCUAGUAGAACACUUCCAUUUUGUAGUUUCAAAAGUAGUUUUACAAGAUCUUGUGGGGUGGAACACUUUGCAGGGUUUUUUUGCCUAUUUGUGCAAGGCUAUGGAUAUGCUGCAGUAACUACUACAAAAAAUUUGUAAAUUUUAGUACAAACUUGGGUAUCUUAUUUGGCAGCAGAGUGGAAAAUAACAGUAUAAAAUACAUGCAUUUUGAUCAUAGCACACCCAUUGUUUGUGACCUGAUGCAAAGCUGAUAAUAUUUGUAAAUAUGCUUAAUUUGAAUGUCACGAAUAGGAAAAUGUUACUUUUAAAAUAGGAUUGAUCCAUAUUAGAGGAAAACAAGCCCACGUAGACAGAGAUCCUGUUCAGGAAAAGGCAUUUGAAAAAAGUCCUGGCAGUCAUGCUCUGGAGGUGGGGUUGAUUCUGAUUCCACUGAUUGUGAUGGGAGCUUGUUUCUCUCACACCUCACUUCAGGGCCUGUGAAGUUUCAUGGGGUGGCUUCUCCUCUCAGCCUUAGCAGCACUCGUGUACAGAGUGUGUGUACUUGGUCCUGAAGGAUUUAGAGCAGUGUUGAGUGUUCUUGUUUGCUAUCUUAUGUGAAGUAGGCAUGCAGCUUCCUGGCCAGCCUAAAUCAAGACCACAGGAGUGUUAGAGACUAUAAAACAAAGAGGCUGAACCAUUUUUAACACCUACUGUGAAAAAUGUUUAAAAUUAUGAAACCUGAUAGACUGGUCACAGAGCAUUUUAAAGUUAAAUUUUUACAGGUGUUAUUUUUUGAGCUUCAUAUGUUUAAGUUCUCUUGCUUCAAUCAGAGCUCCCAUAAUUGACUUGAGGUUUUCCAUUGAUAUGGCAACACUUCCAGAAAAUUAUUUACAUCAUAGUCCAUGGCAGAUUUGUAAUUUACAUUUUUUUAAAAACCAUGUAGUUGAUUUAGUUGAACAUAGUAAAAAGUAUCAUAUUUCUUUCCUAAAGACUUUCAAAUCUCUCUGUAUUAAGAAUUAGAUCAAAGUAUUAUUUCUUGUUACAUGAUUAUUAAAGAGUUGAUACAACUUGGAUACUGAUUCUGAUCGGGCAUGUCUGUCAGUUCCUGACACAAAAUCCUCUUCAUAUUCUGCAAGCUUACACUUUUUUAAAACCUCUUUUUCUUACACAGUAAGAGCACUUUAAGUUGAAUUUCAGCAUGAAAGAGUUUGUUUUUUGAAAUUUUUUAAGUAUAGUUAGUAUUCAGGGAUGAAUCAUACACUGUCAGGGGUUCAAAACAAAAAACUGGCAGUAAUUCUUACAUGGUUUUGCAGUUGUUCAGUAACAGAAAUCCUGCUAGACAUUUGCACUGCUCACUGCCUUGUAGUAAGUUAGAUUAAUUGCUGUAACUCAUGAACCCAAGGUACUUUUUGUUAAAUGCUGAGUCUUCCUCAAGUGUUGUUGCUAGCAUGAGUGGAAUGGAUGCUCCAUUCCAGGGAACAUGGCGAGGAAGAUGAGCUGCCUUUUUAGUAGUGAACACCAUCUGGAAAGAGAGGAGCAUCCUUGUUAGUCUUGUCCAUGGUAAAGUGAUGUGAGACAACUCUAAAGGGUUAGAAUGAUCAGAGUUCUCUGUUGUAAGGUUCACUGAAGCAAGCUGAAAAAAGAAAACCCAGUCCAUGCUGUCAGUCACAGGGAAUGUGAUACUUGAUUGCAGCCAGGUUAUCUUUAAAGGCAGGAGCUCAGGUACAGCUGGAAGCAGUGUAACUGCUGCAGAACUGGGUUCAGUGAGGGUUGUUUUGCCCUGCCAAGAAGCAGUUGGCCCUGUGGUCACACUUAGGAAAUCUGAUACACUCUGGAGUCACUGGACUUGUUAGAAAAGUGUGACCUCUUUCUGUUCUUGAAACUCAGGGAAUUCUGCAUCUUAGUGACACGUGACUUAGUGACAUGACUGCAUGAGAAGGAUAUUUAUUUAAAAUCCUGUACAUUUUAGUGUUUUUUCUCUGAAGCCUAAAUAAAGUGUUCUUGCUUUAGAUUCAGGUUCAAGUUCAAAUACCUGUGAUCAAAAAUACAAAUGCCCAAGUUCCACUGAAGGCCACAAGCCCAUAAGUUGUUGGUAUUCACUGUGUAGUACACAAAGUUCUUGGGCAAAUGCAGUCUUAAUCCUUCAGUCAAGUUGCAAACAUUGUGGCUCCUCUUAGUUUAAAUUAUUUGCAUGAAGUGUUGCUUACUCUGGAAUGUGCUUUUGGUUUUUUGUUUGUUUGUUUUUCAGUGAAGUAUUCCAUUGAGGCCUCCUAUGGCACUCUGCCAUACACAUUCAUGGUGUGCAUGUGGAAUGUUUUCUUUGAGAAUGUCAGAAGGAAACUACCUGUACAGCAGCAGUUUAACUGAAACAAGAUUUGGUUUUAUGCCAUGCUGGUUUUGUUUUAAAAAGUGUUUAGAAAUUACGCAUCUAUAAAUAUGUGUAUUUAUAUAGGAUACAUAAACAAGUGCUUCCAAUGAACAGAUCACAUAGUACCUCACAGAGAAUGUUAAUGCCUUUAUCCCCUUGAUUCACAGUGACACUCAGUAGUAAUCUGCCCAAAUAAGGGACAGAUCUGGGAAUGGAGGCUUUGCUUUUUCAGCCUUAAUUGAAUGCUCUGACUUGGAUGGGUUCCCAGGGAUUCGUGUCCUGUUUGGUGUUUUGACAUAAACAGACAGGAUUAUGCAUUCUCAACCUGUGUCUUGGGGGUAGGGAUAGAUAUAACUGAUUAGAGGCACAAUUUUCUGCUGUUACUUCCUCCACAUUGCAUGCAGCUUGAUGAUGAUAUUUAAAUGUGUUACUCCUUUCUGCAUAGAUAGACCCUGCAUGACAAGGUAUCCCAGCUCCUGAGCAGCCACUUUCACUUUCCAGACGUGCUCUUUUCAAGCCCCUGCUUUGGGACUUGUAGGAGGUGGGGCAGAGGAACAGAAAGAACUUUUAAUGAUAGUUGCUAAUUAAUUACCUUUCAAAGCCUAACCUUUUUCAGGUACCUCGCCUUUAUAGAUCCUAUUGUUUUGUCAGGCUGCUUAUUACCUUAUACUAGUCCAUGUAAGACCACCAGGUUUUUUAGGCAUGGAAGCUCCUUGAUGCUUGAAGGUAGUGGGAGGUUUGAAUUCUAGUCCAUCUGUAACAGCAUACAGAGCACAUGUAACAGCAGCAGGCUGUGAGGCAAGCAUGUUCCACCACAGCUUGUUUUGGGCUAAUGGAUUGAAGUAGUAUGGCAAAUGAGGAACUCCAGAUAUCUGGAUAGAUGGGGCUCUUCUAUAGUGAAAAUAAACUGGCUGUAUGAGUUAGGAUUAAGAACUAUUCUAACCUUGGACAGGUAACAACCUGACAGCAGUAUUCAUAUAUUAACAUAUAAUAUGUAUGUGUGUGUGUGUGUGUGUGUGUGUAUACUCAGACAUACAUUAAAAUGUAUAUAUAAAUAUACUCACCAUUUUUUUAAGUAUAGAGAGUUCUUGGUAGAAAGCUGUCUAAUACUUCAGUACUAUCUGCCAUUAGAAAAGACAAUUUAAAUAGGUUGGACAUUAACAGCUUGCAGGUUGUGUACUCCGUUUUUUCAGUAGUCUUCACAGUCUUGCUUCCACAUAAGCCAUCAUUUGUAGCAUCAUCCUCAUCUUCCUCCUGCAACAGCUUUUGUUGUCUCUAUUUCCUAGCUCCUUGUUUACCAUGUUUUUAGUUAUCCCAAGCUGCUGACCAGAAACAUGCUGCUCUUUUGACACGUGCUGGGUCAGAGAUGCUUUCACUAUCUUGAUAUUGUCCAGACAUGUUCUGGCACACUUGGGAAAUUUUUUUGCGUGAUAAACAGAUUACGUGCAAUUUGACAGUGCCCCAAAAGUUAGGUUUGGAUUGGGUGAUAAUAUAUUCCAGAGAAACAACAGACACCUGAUCUCAGUUUCAUCCUAAAAAAGGGUGUAGGUAAAAGCAAUGGAUGGCUGGGAAUUUUCCUGAUAUGCUAUGGAGAUUAAAGAACAUAAGUUUAUUUUGUUUGUCAUUGAGGAUGAAUAAUAUAAUCUUCUCCAGAUAAAGGUCUAUAUGAGAUGCUGUAAUUUAAUUUGUAUUAAGGCUAUGUUCAGAGUGAUGUGAGUUUGUUUUAGAAAUGUUGCUCUGUGUUUGAGAAAAGAUUAUAACUUGAAAUUAGAAAGAGGAAAAGGAAUAAAGUGCUGGAUCUUGCAGAUAAUGAUCUCAGUGAGGAAGCUGUUAUAGGUCAGUUGUGUCUUCUUCAAAGCUCUGAGUGUGACCCGUAUUGCAAAUUAAUAAAUAUGUGCUAAGACAGAGUGGAGUAUGGCACAAUAAGGCUACUUGGAAAAAGUUAUGUCAAGGCAUUGUAUGUAUUCAGCAAUUUUCUUUGCAAUCCUGCUCUAUUUUACAACCUAAUCUAUUCCCCACUAAGAUGUGCUAGAGAUAAACAUUGCAGAUGCCUUUGUGUGCAGAGAAGAAGGAGAGGCAAUUAAAAGUCUGCAUGCUGUGAAGUCUCUGGGUGCCAACAGUGUCUGCACAGACCUUUACAAUGUUCUGGGGAACAAUUGGUUUUCCUGCUGUCUGGGGUGACCGAACGCAAAUAGUUUUUGAAUGAGGACAGUAACUCAGUUAUUUUCAUGCUGGCUAAAGUCCUGCUGGUUUGCAUAAAGGUUUCCAUUUUUAUUUACUGAUAGCAAAGACUUGGUGACAAAGUGGUUCCUCCAGAUCAGACGCUGUUUUAUUAAAACACACCAUUUCAUUACUGACAAAGAAAGGGCAAACUUCUGAUAAUGUAAUGAAAGAACCUGGGGCACUAUCUGGUAUUGGCCUCCAUCAAAGACAAGGAAAAGCACAGAAGAACAAAACUGCUGGCCAUGGUCUGAAUCAAAUGGGUUGCCUCCAAGAGUAGCAAGUGAGAGGGCGUUUCUUUCUUUUAACUUGCUCCCUCCUACAUCGUUACUGGACUGAGUAAGAAAAAAAAAAAUUCUUUUGAAUAAGAAUAAAUGGGAUAAUUUGCUUUAGGAAAAGCUAGUUCCACAUAGGAGGCAGCUAAAGCUGCUCCAUGGGAGCUUUAUUUACUUUUCUUGUCAAAAAAUUUUUAUAAUGCAAAUUCUAAAAGCAAGCAGCUAUUGUAAGGAAGAGGAACACCAAAAUGUUGUGUUUGCUUGUCAUUGCAGACCUUCUAUACUUCAGUAACUUCACUCCUAUGUGCAGUUUCUUGGCUGCAAGUACUGCUUGUCCAAAAUGUGGAUUUUUGAUCUCAGACCUGUUCAGUCUAAAAUUCCUUUUCUUAUUUUACAUAAGCUUAAUAAAGCAGUAUACAUUUUUACUUAUAUUGCAUGUAUAUUAUAUAUACAUGUUAUAUAUUACUUAUGUAAGUAUGUUGUUACUUAGAUAGGUAUGAAACUUACCUAUAACUCUUAAGUAGAAAGUUUUUUCCCAUGGCUUAAUAUGCUAUGUAUUACUACAUGUGUUACCACACUGAUGUAGCUGGAGUGAGGCUUGGUUCUCAAACAUUAAGAUGACCUUUGAACUUUGAUUAGCUGAUAAGUAUUUUAUAGUUUCAGGUGUUGGCAAAGUCAGAAGCAGCCAAACAUUGGGAAGUGUAACUUGACUUUGCAGAUUUAAAUUAAAAGUUGCAUAUUGCUUUACAUGGAACUUGCCUUAGUUUCAAAUAACUUCUGCAUCUGGUUGUGUGGUGGGAGAGCACAGCCAAAUGUUUUAAAGAGGUAUCAAAAGCCUUAGAACUAUUUAAAUUGGAAAGAACCUCCCAGAUGGACAAGUCCAACCAUUAACCCAAAACUGCCAAGCCCACCACUAAACCAUGUCCCUUAGUGCCACAUCUUAGUGUCUUUUAAAUGAAUAAUAGCUGCUUGAGCUACUAGAUGCUACCUCUGCUACACUGGGAUUGUUACAUUGUUACAUGAUGCAACUUGUAGUUAAAAUAAUCUCAUUAGCAGGAGCACAAAUCCCCUUACACUAACUAAAGUAGUUGUACAGUGUUAGUGGAUUUCAAAAUGUAAACUUCUGAUUCUUGUGCUGUGGCCUGUAUAAGAGCUAAGAAGGUAACAAAAAAUAAUCUUAACAUUCUGGAAUGAGUUUUGAGAUAUUAAUUAGAAUUUAAUAGGUGCCCAAGGAUUUUAUGCCAUAAGACUCACUGAAAGUUAGUAGGUCUUGUGCUCUGCUUGGUGUUGCUCUGGUUUUUAAGAUUCAGGAUUCUGCAUGCAUUUCUCAGGGACCUGGCUCCUGAAAGCAGGGCAUUUUAUUUGUCCUUCUUCCCCCUACCCUCUGAAGUUACAUUUCUCUUUCUUGUAAAGAAAAGGCGGAAAGCGCAAAAGCAGGUAGAAAGGCUCAGAAAUGGAAAUAUAAAAAAUUCCAAAUAUUUUUCAUGAUUUAACAACAGUCUCACACUUUGUGCUUGGCCUGAUGUGUCUUUUUCAGUGCCUGAAGCUAGUAAUGGUCGAAGUACUGUUGCAGAUUUCACACCAUGUCGUACUUCAGCCAGGUCAGAUGCAAUGAUGGCUCUAAGAAAGUCCCCCAUAAUCUGUGGUUGUAGCGUAACUGUUAACUGGCUUUCUGUACUGUGUAUUUAAAUUCCUCUCUUAGUACCUUUAGCAGCUACACCCAGCUUUCCACAGUCAUUAUUGGUUACUCAGAACUGUCAGGGAAGCCCCUUUUAAUCCAGCCUCAAUAUGAUCUGCAGGUGUCAGGGAACAAGGUGUGGUUUGGAAAUGGAAUUGUGGAGCUUCCAGGCCAGCAGAAGCUGGAAGCUCUAUGGGAUGGCAGGGGAAGGAAGGCUGCUGACUCCUGGCAGAGAGGGCAUGCAGCACCAAUAUAGCAGCGGCCUGUCUUCUGCCAGAAGUAGUAUUAACCUGACAUGAUGCUUCCCAGAAUCAGGAAUCUUAGAGGAACAAGCAAUUUCAGGGCUGAAAGAGGCUCCAAGGGAUCUCCUAACAUCACAAUGUAUUUGUUCCCUGCAAGUGAAUGCAGGAAAGGUAAAUGGGAAGAUGACUGAACAGAAGGGGUUUGUAGUACUUGCAGAGCCUGCUUUGGAGUCUGAAAGGCCAAAAAUAUGAUCAUGACAUCUAGCUGAAGACUGAAGAUGUGAUUUAGAAAUGGAACAGUUUAUCAGACUAAAGCUAAAGAUUGAAGUAAGUAUGCUGUAUAAAGAGUAGGACAAAGACAUUUUAAUAAAAUUAACUCUGAUCAGGAGAGAAUAAGCAAUUGACAAUAUCCAGAGGAAUUUUUCCAAGAGGAGAACAUCAGAAGAACUGCCAGAAUUGUGUAAUUUUUCAAUAUUUUUUUGUUAAAACAUAUCAAUUAGUAUCUAACAUGAAGAAAAAUGUAUCACAAUAGAAAUAAUUGAAUCCUUGGCAAAAUGAACAUGGAUUUUUAUGCCAUUCCACAAUUAUUUUUGACUAAUGCUUUUAAUUUGGCCCAAACAAUAGUAAGGAGGCUUUGUGGGUGUCAUAAUAUGCAAUCUAGACUUGAAUUAUUUGUUUCAGUCAUCAUAAAGAGGGGACAAUAGAGGAAACAUGACAAAAAUAUAGACAACAAUGAGUAGGGCUGCAUAUAAUUUUGGCUCUCCUAUUUUUAUAAUAAAUCUUUGUGGUUUGCUUAAAGCCUCAACUCCCAGAUUCAUGUAGUAAAUAAUCUAAGAUUUCAUUACACAGGAACAAGUUUCUGAUUUCUGCAAUUGCAAAAAAAAAAAAAAAAAAAAAAAAAAAAGGCUUAUAUACAAAGCAAGAAGAAGAACCAAAAUACAUCUUUUUACGAGAUAUAAAGUAAAAUCCACCUUUACUCUAAAAAAAUUGAAAGGUAUAAGGAUAUGAUGCUGCUAUUAGAGCUCAGGUCAAUAUUUAUAGUGUGUUGAUUGCUCAGACAGACAUUGCAAAGCCUUGUAUCCCAUCCCUUUUCUUUCCUUUCAUUCUCUCAGAGCCUGGAAAAUAACAUGCCUCUGCCCUCUGUUUUAUGUGCUUUUUCCUUCAGCAGAUGCUGCCAAGCCCAGCGUCUGAUUUCAGUCCUGAUCUGGAAUAACUCCAGGGGCGUACACGAAGCCAUCUCUUUCUUCCCUCCUAAGGGGGUGGUGGCAGGGAGGAGACUUAAGACUGUUGUUCUCCAUCCCCGUGUCCCUCCUGCAGCAGCAGCCAACAUUGUUCCUUUUUAUUUACUUCCCCCUCUCUGUAAACCAGCAGGGCUCGCAGCAGAGGGAUGCAGCUCUCAUUAGAGUAAUUAGGCUGAUUUAUGAGCGAGUGGCACAGUGAAGGAGAGCUUUCCUAAUACAGUGUUCCCCAUGGGAGGCUGGGCACGCCCCCAGCUGCUGGCAGUGCAGUGCUGGGCCUCCCCGCUGGCUCGGGUGGAGAGCCCCCUUCUCUUCAACCUUUAAUAUCAGUGAAAAUGGACAAACACAUGCAAUAAACACUUUUUUCCUUCACUUUAUAUUCUUCACAAGUUGUUUGUUCCAAGCUAAUAUUAGAAGUCUAAUUAAAGUAAUAGGAGAGAGAGAGAUCCUUAGUGUUAACUAAGCGUACGUUUUGUCUUAUAAAGGACUCUUCAAGCAAGUGUGUUGUGUCACUGGAACAGCAAGAGCUGGUAGGGCUUUGUUCCUCUCCUGCUCUGUGGAAGUUUUACAUUACUUUUAUGAAAGGCUUAUGUAUGAAAUUUCCUUCUUCCUGGUGUUAUGAAUAUCCUUUGUUCAUCACAUUUCCUUGGUAUCUUCAUGGCAAGUCCAAGACUUCUCUGCUGCACUUUGGAAGUCUCAUUUGAAAUGUACAUGGGCCUAUUUAAAAACACAUUUAAGCUUUUAAAAAUGUAUUAUGCAAGCAAACAAAAAAUAAAAUAUCAUUAGCAAUUC